AUGUUCUUUUGGGAUUUUACUACGUGGCUUUUAGUGUUUCUAUGGUUGUUUCAAGGAAUUCUUGCUUAUGGAAUUAACUCAACUGAAGUACUGGAGUUAAGAAACCUCACUCGAGAGUUGUUUUAUCAUGGCUACUCCAAUUACUUAAACUUAGCAUUUCCGCUUGACGAACUUGCUCCCUUGUCUUGCAAAGGGUUGGGACCGGACUUCAAGAAUUCUCAUAACCUUGGCGUCAAUGAUGUUCGUGGUAAUUACCUCCUAACCCUGAUAGAUACUAUAGAUACCUUGGUCGUUUUAAAUGAUCCCAAAGGUUUCCAUGAAGCUGUUCAAAAAAUCAUUCAACAUUUGACGUUUGAAACUGACACUAAGGUUCAAGUUUUCGAAGUUACUAUUAGGAUCCUGGGGGGACUAUUGUCUGGUCAUGUUUUUGCUUCAGAUCCACAGUACGGAUUUCAACUCCCUGAGUAUAACAACGAGUUGUUGACUUUAGCAACAGAACUUGGUGAGCGGCUUUUAACUUCCUUUCGGACACCCACGAAAAUCCCCUUUGCGAGAAUAAAUUUGAUGAAAGGAGUGUCUUCACAAGAGACAAACGAGUCCUGUUCCGCAGGAGCAUCCAGCCUUAUACUUGAAUUCUCCAUGCUGAGCGUUCUUACUGGAAACCCACAAUUUCGAAAGGCAGCUGAAAAUGCCUUUUUUGCCAUAUGGACUCGGAAAAGCAGCAUUGGUCUCUUAGGGAACAGCAUCGAUGUAAUGAGCGGAAAAUGGAUUUAUCCUGUUUCUGGAAUAGGCGCUGGAAUUGAUAGCUUUUACGAGUACGCUCUUAAAUCAUACAUUUUACUUGAUGACAUACGAUUCCUAAAUGUCUGGGAAGAAUCCCUAAGAAAUAUUCGUCAGUUUAUUUCUUCCACAGAAGAUUAUUAUUAUCAAAAUGUUUACGCAGGCAGUGGGACUACUGCCACGUAUUGGAUUGACUCUUUGGGAGCUUAUUUUUCGGGAUUACUGGUUCUCGCUGGCGAGCUAGAAUCUGCGAAGAAAGCACAUCUUUACUAUUUUUCAAUUUAUUCAAAAUAUGGACAAAUACCUGAGAGAUUUAACUUUCAUACGAAAACCAUAGAACUGCAGGGAUAUCCCUUGAGACCAGAGUUUGCUGAAUCGACUUACUAUCUAUAUCGUGCUACCAAAGAUCCGUUUUAUUUGAACGUGGGAAAGACAAUUCUAAAAAAUAUAGAAAAAAAUCUUCGCACAUCUUGUGGAUUUGCUUCCUUGGAUAACCUUGAAACAGGAGUACUUUCUGACCGAAUGGAGAGUUUUUUCCUUAGUGAGACCUUAAAGUAUCUUUAUCUUCUCUUUGAUGAAGAUAAUAUAUUUCAUUCCAAAUUCCAAGACUUCAUUUUUACUACCGAAGGUCAUUUAUUACCCAUAAAUAGGCAAACGCAUAAAGCCUUUAACUCUAAUAAACGUCAGCAUCCAGGGACAUGUUUACUCGACCCCAAAGACCAUUUUAUGGAACCUUCUUUCUUUUCUAAAGUGGCUUCCAGAGAAGAUUUUGAUUAUAUCUUUGAAAUGGUAGAAUCUGAUUACCGAGGAGUUAGCGAGGAAUUAAUCGAUCCUAAUGGCAUUUGUGCAAGACCAAGGAUUGCAGACGUUGUAGAGAUUCUGUAUGGGAAUGUUCUGUUGCCUCCUUUCAAGUCUACAAAACGCGUCAUGAAUAACAUAUAUGCACCAACGUUGAUUGGGAACAGAAUUCGCUUGAUAAAGUAUAUUGAUACUGACUACUACCGCAUUUUUAAAAUCGGAAACCAAAGUGUGGGAGAAAACGAUACAUUGUAUUUAACUGAUCCCAACUAUGCAAUGUUUAUGAGUAAAGAGACGCUGUACGCACCUACUGUUUCUGCGCAUUUGGUUUCUUUCACAGGAGAAGAAACGUACUCUGAAUUCCUUCAUGUUCAUGAAGGAUCUUUCCAGCAACCGUCGCAAUUACCGUUGACAAUUUUAAAUACCAGUUUGUGUAACAAAAUGCCUUUCUCUUUCGCACCAGAUGUGGGUUAUAUAGCUCCUACAGGUAACUGUAGCUGGCUACAACAAGCAAAAAAUGCACAGAAAGCUGGAUUGCUUUUAUUGUUGGACCAGGAUACCAAAACGAACAAAACGAAAUUGAUGCAAGAGUCGCCCUCUUCUUAUUUUUUUGGUUUAAUUAAGCCUUAUGUGCCUCCAACAGUUCACCUUGGUAUAAAUCAAAGUUUUAUUCUUCAAUGGGGAAACUUGACUGUGCAAAAGAUCCGAAAAGACGCGCCUUGUUAUUUUCAAAACUCUUUAAUUGAAAACUUUUAUGUGUGUGAAACAUGCUCUGAUGAUCAAAAUAUUUAUUAA